CCCACAAUAGGAACAGUGACAGUUAAAAUGAAGAUAUUGGUGUGUUUCGGAGUAAUUUUGCUGUCGUUCACAGUUAGUUCCGAAGAAGCUCAGAAUUCCACAGAAACUCUACCAUCGAUAACACCAGAACCUGUGAUAGAGCGAUCUUCUCACCAUCAUCAUGAGUCCCCACCAUUCCAAGGGUUCUGGAAGAAGAGGUUCGUGUGGCGACCCCGGUGGGUGAAAACCUGGCAGGAGAAGAAAAUCUACGUGGCGGUGUGGAAGAAGAUGUGGGGACCGGCCGAGUUGAAGGAAUGGGUUCCCGUCCCCAAACCACCACCUGGAUGGGUCAGACAUGGUGGUGUCCCGUUUAUAAAAUUGGGGGUGCCUCAUUAACCUAGCCCAUAAUCUAUGAUCUAUCGUUACAUCAUAGAUGUAUACAAGGCGUAACAAAACUAAGUGAUAAAACAUUAGGGUGUGU